AUGUCCGGGCCCGGUCAAGGUUCCAGGUCCAGUGGUCGCAGCAGCGGGUCCCUGGACGGCGAUAAUAUGACAGCUAUAGCGAGCGUGCUGCAGCAGGGAGUCACCUUCAGGCAAGAGAAUGACGCCAACAUAUCUCUGCGGAACGCCACGAGUAUACUUACCUCCAUGGCAGACGUGUCGUACCGGCAAAAGCUUUACGUCAUCCUCCUAUUUAUUCGGAGCCCGCGAGAUGCUGUGGCAUUUGAGGGGAUGAAUGACGUGCUACGACGAUGGUAUAUUGCUGCGAGAACAGACGACUCUGCCGGCGAGAGCGAGCCCACCGACGAACGUGAUGUGUUAUGGCAAGGAGAAGUGGACGGACGGGCCGGAAUAGGAGAAGGUGGAGUGGAGCGGGCAAGGGCCGGGCAGGGAGCUGGGUUCGGAAUGCAAGCAGAUGGAGGAAUGGGAGUGGGAGCAUUGGAAGGGUUGGGAGCAAGGGGGGUAGUUGGAGCAGGGGGGGAAAUGGGAGCAAGGAGGGGAGUGCGAGCAGGGGGGGGUACGGGAGCAGAGGAGGGAGAGGGCGCCCGGGCCGGAAUACCAGCAGGAGGCGGAGUGGUAGCAAGAAGAGGCCUGAGGGCAAGUCGUGGCCUGGGUGCAGGAGGCGGGCUGAGGGCAACUGAAGGGCUGGGAGCAGGGGCGGAAAUGGGGGCCGGGAGGGGGGUUCUAGUAGGGGGGAUGCGACGAUCAUGGCUAGGGCUGGGAGCAGGAGGCGGGCUGGGUGCAGGAGUAGGAGGGCUGGGAGCAGGGGGAGGAGUGGGAGCAGGAGGAGGAAUGGGCGCAGGAGGAGGACUGGGAGCAGGAGGAGGAAUGGGAGCAGGAGGAGGAGUGGGAGCAGGAGGGGGAAUGGGAGCAGGAGGAGGAAUGGGAGCAGGAGGAGGAAUGGGCGCAGGAGGAGGAAUGGGAGCAGGAGGAGGAAUGGGAGCAGGAGGAGGAAUGGGCGCAGGAGGAGGAAUGGGCGCAGGAGGAGGAAUGGGCGCAGGAGGAGGAAUGGGCGCAGGAGGAGGAAUGGGCGCAGGAGGAGGAAUGGGCGCAGGAGGAGGAAUGGGCGCAGGAGGAGGAAUGGGCGCAGGAGGAGGAAUGGGCGCAGGAGGAGGAAUGCAGGAGGAAUGGGCGCAGGAGGAGGAAUGGGAGCAGGAGGAGGAAUGGGAGCAGGAGGAGGAAUGGGCGCAGGAGGAGGAAUGGGCGCAGGAGGAGGAAGGGGCGCAGGAGGAGGAAUGGGCGCAGGAGGAGGAAUGGGAGCAGGAGGAGGAAUGGGCGCAGGAGGAGGAAUGGGCGCAGGAGGAGGAAUGGGCGCAGGAGGAGGAAUGGGCGCAGGAGGAGGAAUGGGCGCAGGAGGAGGAAUGGGCGCAGGAGGAGGAAUGGGCGCAGGAGGAGGAAUGGGCGCAGGAGGAGGAAUGGGCGCAGGAGGAGGAAUGGGCGUAG